AGGACGUGAAAAUCUGAGAAAUGAACAAACUACGGCAAAGCUUUAGGAGAAAGAAAGAUGUCUAUGUCCCAGAGGCCAGUAGGCCUCAUCAGUGGCAGACUGAUGAAGAAGGCGUUCGUACUGGCAAGUGUAGCUUUCCCGUUAAGUACUUGGGACAUGUUGAAGUGGAUGAAUCCAGAGGAAUGCAUAUCUGUGAAGAUGCCGUGAAGAGACUGAAAUCUGAAAGGAAGUUCUUCAAAGGCUUCUUUGGAAAAUCUGGGAAGAAAGCUGUUAAAGCAGUCCUGUGGGUUUCGGCGGAUGGACUCAGAGUUGUAGAUGAGAAAACAAAGGAUCUUAUUGUUGAUCAGACAAUAGAGAAAGUUUCUUUCUGCGCACCAGACAGGAACUUUGACCGGGCAUUCUCAUACAUCUGUCGAGAUGGCACGACGAGGCGCUGGAUAUGCCACUGCUUUAUGGCCGUAAAGGACACGGGGGAAAGGUUGAGUCAUGCCGUGGGCUGUGCAUUUGCAGCAUGCCUGGAGCGAAAGCAGAAGCGAGAGAAGGAGUGCGGAGUGACUGCCACCUUUGAUGCCAGCAGAACCACAUUCACUAGAGAGGGGUCAUUCAGGGUCACUACAGCUACUGAACAAGCAGAGAGAGAGGAAAUUAUGAGACAGAUGCCGGAUGCUAAAGCAGUUGAAACAGAAGUGAAAACAGUAGCAGCAGGUGCUGCACCAAACAAUACUGCCCCCUCUUCUGGCUCACCAACCUCUCCUACUGCUGAAGCUGCUGCCUCUCUGGAUAAAGAAAUGAGCAAUCCCCACGCUAUUCCACGGAGGCAUGCCCCUAUAGAACAGCUUGCCAGGCAAGGGUCUUUCAGGGGCUUCCCUGCCCUUAGCCAAAAGAUGUCUCCUUUUAAACGCCAGUUGUCUUUGCGAAUAAAUGAGCUGCCUUCAACAGUGCAAAGGAAGACCGAUUUCCCCAUGAAAAACUCAGUCCCUGAGGUAGAAGGGGAAACGGACAGCAUUAGUGCCCUGUGCUCGCAGAUCACCAGUGCUUUCAGCACACCGUCAGAAGAUCCUUUCUCUUCAGCCCCCAUGACAAAACCAGUGACAGUAGUCGCACCACAGUCUCCUGCCUUUCAAGUUAAUGGCACUGCCUCUGCCUUCUGUGUGCUUGCUGCUAAACCAUCCCAAGCUGCUGUAGUGUCCACUGCUAUGCCAGUUCGUGAAACCAAUCCUUGGGCUCAUGCUCCUGCUGCUAAUACUGGAGCUGCAGCCAUGGUCGCUGGCACCGAAUGGAGCAGCACCUCCUCAGGUGCAGCCUCACCAAGUCUGUUCCAGGGAAAUCACAGACGUACUCCCUCAGAGGCAGACCGCUGGUUGGAAGAGGUCUCAAAGACUGUAAGAGCCCAACAGCAGCCAACCCCAACCCCAGCCCCAGCCCCACAGCCACUAUUACAGCCUCCUCCAGCAGCUUCCCAGUCAGCACCAGCCUUCCCAGUCAGCACCUUCAUUGCGCCUCAGCCUGUGCCGGUGGGUGUGGUACCACCCAUGCAGCCAGCAUUUAUUCCAGCUCAGCCCUAUGCUGUAGCAAACGGGAUGACCUAUGCAGCCCCAAGCGUACCUGUGGUUGGAAUCACACCUUCCCAGAUGGUAGCCAACGUCUUUGGCACCGCAAGCCACACUCCAGCAGCCCAUCCGCAUCAGUCACCCAGUCUCGUCAAACAGCAGACAUUCCCUCAGUAUGAAAGCAACAGUGCUACGACCAGCCCUUUCUUCACUCCACCUGCGCAGCACAACGGCUCUGCAGCUUUCAACGGAGUCGACAGUGGCAAAUGGGCUGCAGAGGACAAGCAUUCGCAGCCUCCUGCAGCUGCUCCGCAGGUAGACCCAUUUGAAGCACAGUGGGCAGCACUAGAGAGCAAGGCAAAGCAGCGCACUAAUCCCUCUCCAACUAACCCCUUCUCAAGUGAUUUACAGAAGACAUUUGAGAUUGAACUUUAAGCAGUCCUAUGGGGGGUGGAUAAAUUGUACAUUAGAAUAGAGGGAUAAAGGGAGAAGAGGGGACUGCUUCUGAUCAGUUUGCUUUGAUAAUCCCAAAGGUCCCUUCAAAACAAAAAUGAGUUAGAAAGAGGAAGCAAUUAUGGGGAGGCUAUAAACACACAGAGAAAUUAAUGUGCAGUUCUUAAAAGGAAUCCUGGAGCCACCCCAGUCUGCAUUCCCUCCUCACUUGGAAAGCUGGAAGUCAAACAGAGCAGAGGCAGGCACCCAGCCCCGAAGCCUGUUCCGCAGCAACAUCAAUGAUCUCACAGAAAGGGAGGCAGAUUUUGUACUUGUGUCCU